UCCUGCACCACUGAAGCCAGUGGAAAUAGGGCCCUAGGGGCUGUUUGGAAAGCAACUUCAGUGGAAACUAUGCUGAUUUACACCAGUGGAGGAUUGGGCCCCACAGUCCGAGGUGUCACUCGGAUAGGCAGAGCCAGAUACUGACUUGGGAUCUCUAUCUAUUUAUGAGCUUUGUGAAACUCCCGCCCUGAAGAGGAAGUUAACUACAGCAAAAAGCAAAUGUGGAAGGGGGGUGGGGGCACAAAUCUGUUGCAGGAGAUUUUGUCUGCUGGCUGCCAGAACAGCAGCUGUCAGCCUGAUCAAAAGAAGGCAGAGCAUUUUCACAGCAGACUGUCUGCCAAGAUGAUUGGAAAAAAUGCUUUUAAAAAAUCCCUGCUGUUAAAUGAGUAUUCCUAUGUGAAAUUAAACUCAAAUGACCAAAAAGGCAUCAAAGCGGUCCAGUUCCUACUGGUGAUUUCAAUAGUUGGGUUUGUUGUUCUGAUGGCUAUUUACAUCAUAAAACCAGUCAACAUAGAUUUUCCAGAGGACAAAGAAACCAUUAUCAGCAGUUACCAGCAGAUGGAGGAGCAAGGACUCUUUGGUGAUAUCUUGGAAGACAAGAUGAUUAAUGAAGACAAUGUCAAUAGAUGUAAUGAUUCAUGCAAUUUUGAACUUGUGGAAAGUAUUCCUUAUGACAUGCCUUAUGAGACAAAUAGCACCACUGUGAAACCCUUGUACCAAGCAUGGAUGGGUCUUCUCAACAUGGCACAGGAAAGAAUUCAUGUGGCUUCUUACUACUGGUCUCUCACAGGAGAAGAUAUAAAUGUAAACGACUCAUCUUCUGAAGAGGGUGAAGAUAUUCUGAAGAAGUUCGAAAGUUUACUUAUGGAGAAUGUCUCAGUGUAUAUUGCAACAAGCCUGCCAACUUUAGCUGUCAAUUCAACUGAUCUUAAGGUUUUGAAGAAAAAAGGGGCUCAUGUAAGAAGGGUCAAUUUUGGACAUUUGACAAAAGGUGUGCUGCAUUCCAAAUUCUGGAUUGUAGACAUGAAACACAUGUAUAUUGGCAGUGCAAAUAUGGACUGGAGGUCAUUUUCUCAGGUGAAAGAAGUUGGUGCCGUGAUAUACAACUGCAGCUGCUUAGCCAAUGAUCUAUGGAAAACGUUCAGAACAUACUGGGAUCUUGGGCACGCUAAUGCCACCGUUCCCUCUCCAUGGCCGAGCAAUUAUUCCACUAAAAUUAACAAGUAUAGGCCUCUGGACGUGCAGUUUAAUGGAACCUUGACAACAGCCUAUUUUUCUGCCUCUCCUCCUGUGUUUUGCCCAAAGGGUCGUACUCACGACCUCAUUUCUAUUAUUGAUGUUAUAAAUGAUGCAGAAGAAUAUGUGUAUAUCUCAGUCAUGGAGUAUUUUCCUACAACCCGCUUCAGACACCCAGCAAAAUACUGGCCAGACAUUGACAAUGCUCUGAGACGUGUGGCAUUCAACCACAAUGUACAAAUCAGGCUUUUGAUCAGCUGCUGGCUUCACACUGACCCAUCCAUGUUCCAUUACUUGCAGUCACUUCAUGCUCUCAAUGAUCCACAUACCAACAUCACCAUCGAUGUGAAAAUCUUCAUUGUUCCAGUUCUGAAUCACACAAACAUCCCUUUCGGGAGAGUGAACCACAACAAAUAUAUGGUCACUGAUAAAGUGGCGUAUAUUGGGACUUCCAAUUGGUCAAAAGAUUACUUUAGUAAUACAGCUGGAGUUGGGCUGAUUGUCAACCAGACUUCAACAGAUCCUCAAAGAAAGAAGCCGGUUAUACAGGAACAAUUAAAAAAUCUUUUUGAACGAGACUGGAAUUCCAAAUAUUCAGUAAAUAUGGAAGAUCUACAUGGGCAGAAAGACUGUGCCUGGGAAGAGGGAUUAAGUUACUUAUAAACUUAUCAACAUUUUUCUUUCUGUUUGAAAUGUAACAUACACGAACUACAUAGUUUAUUUUUUAUUAUUUGUCAAAGAAAUCAUUUUCUACUGGUAUGGCCCACUACUUAAUGUUCUUGGAGCAUAGUUCAAUAUACCUGUAUAAUCAAAUAAUUUUUGGCAGGUAAUAUGUGAAAUAUUUGUAUAUUUGUCUGGGACAGCAUUAGGCAUGGGCCACAUAAGCAACAACCCAGGGCACAAUAAGGACCAGAUUUAAUCACCUAAAGAUGCAGAUUCAUAGAUUACAAGGUCAGAAGGGACCAUUGUGAUCAUCGAGUCUGACCUCCUGUAUCACACAAGCCAUAGAGCUUCCCCAGAAUAAUUUCUAGAGUAGA